AUCGACUUCUGAGCAGCUUUAAUUCGAGGUUUUUAGCUCAAAAACAGUGUCAUUAGUAGAAGACAAAGUCUCAUGUCGAUGUUGUGAGUGGAUUAAAGAGUUGAUGUUGAGAAUGGCUUAUUCAGUCUGGAAGUUUGGAGAAGACUUGGUCUCUGUUGGUGUUUCUCCAUGAAACUUUCAGACGAUUUGUCUGUAUCUCAUUCAAGUUGAAAGUUUUGGACUGGCAAAAUUUUUUUCUUCAAAGCAUUAAAGUUCGGACUGCAUCUGGUAUUUUAAGAGCGUCUGGUAGGAUUUCUCUAUGGCGUCCAAAAAGUUCCUGCCAAGCAGAUCGAAUCUAUCGACAGCAUCCGAUGCUUCUGAACCACAACAAGGAAAGCCUCCUCUUCCUCCUCCACAUGUCACUUUCGCUCGGAGAACUUCGUCGGGACGGUACGUUCGGUACUCCAGGGACUCGAGGGACUCGAGGGAUGACCUUGAUAGUGAACUUAGCAGUGCUGAAUACAUGAACUAUACGGUGCACAUACCACCAAGUCCUGAUAAUAUGCCCAUGGAUCCAUCUAUCUCACAAAAGGUUGAAGAACAGUACGUGUCAAGUUCUCUUUUCACUGGUGGGUUUAACAGUGUCACUCGGGCUCAUCUCAUGGACAAGGUGAGUGAAUCUGAAGCAAACCAUCCCCAGAUGGCUGGUGCCAAGGGAUCUUCCUGUGCUAUACAUGGGUGUGAUGGGAAAGCCAUGAGUGAUGAGCGAGGACAAGAUGUCCUUCCCUGUGAAUGCGAUUUCAAGAUAUGCAGGGAUUGCUAUAUAGAUGCUGUUAAGACCGGUGGUGCAGUAUGCCCAGGGUGCAAAGAGCCUUAUAAUGCUGCAGAUUUAGAUGAGAUGCCAGAGGAUCGACGGCCAUUAUCAUUGCCACCGCCGGCGGGGAUGUCAAAGAUGGAAAGGAGAUUAUCUUUGAUGAAAUCAACCAAAUCAAUGUUAAUGAGGAGCCAGACUGGGGAUUUUGAUCAGAACCGUUGGCUGUUUGAAACCAAGGGGACAUACGGGUAUGGGAAUGCUAUAUGGCCUAAAGAGGGGGCUUUUUCUGAUGACAAGGAUGAUGGGAUUCAUGAACCCGAAGAACUGAUUAGUAAACCUUGGAGGCCACUUACACGCAAACUAAGGAUCCCUGCUGCAGUUAUCAGCCCAUAUAGGCUCCUAAUUUUUGUUCGAAUGGUUGUGCUUUCCCUGUUUCUGAUGUGGAGGAUUAAGCACAAAAAUAAAGAUGCAAUCUGGCUUUGGGGUAUGUCAGUGGUCUGUGAAAUCUGGUUUGCCUUCUCCUGGCUGCUUGAUCAGCUGCCAAAGUUCAACCCGGUUAAUCGCUCUACAGAUCUUGCUGUUUUGAAAGAGAAAUUUGAAACACCAGGCCCCUACAAUCCCACUGGAAAAUCUGAUCUCCCAGGCAUAGAUGUCUUUGUCUCCACUGCAGAUCCAGAAAAAGAGCCACCUCUGGUCACUUCGAACACAAUUCUUUCAAUUCUUGCUGCUGAUUACCCUGUUGAAAAGCUUGCUUGCUAUGUUUCUGAUGAUGGUGGUGCCCUUCUAACAUUUGAGGCCAUGGCUGAAGCAGCAAGUUUUGCCAAUCUUUGGGUUCCAUUCUGCCGGAAACAUGACAUAGAACCCAGGAAUCCAGAGUCUUAUUUUAAUCUGAAGAGAGAUCCUUAUAAGAACAAGGUGCGCCCUGAUUUUGUCAAGGAUCGCAGAAGAGUUAAACGUGAGUAUGAUGAGUUCAAGGUCCGGAUUAAUGGCCUUCCUGAUUCUAUUCGGCGCCGUUCUGAUGCCUAUCAUGCUCGGGAGGAGAUCAAAGCCAUGAAGAUGCAGAGACAAAAUGCAAGAGAUGAUGAACCUAUGGAACCUAUUAAGGUACGAAAAGCAACUUGGAUGGCUGAUGGAACACACUGGCCUGGCACUUGGUUGCAUCCUGCGCCAGAGCACUCAAAGGGUGAUCAUGCUGGUAUCAUACAGGUGAUGUUGAAGCCUCCCAGUGAUGAACCAUUACAAGUCAUUGCUGACGAGACCAAGCUCCUUGAUCUCGCUGAUGUUGAUAUCCGUCUCCCCUUGCUUGUCUAUGUUUCCCGUGAGAAGCGUCCUGGCUAUGAUCACAACAAGAAGGCUGGGGCCAUGAAUGCCCUUGUUCGAGCCUCCGCCAUAAUGUCCAACGGGCCCUUCAUCCUUAACCUCGAUUGUGACCACUACAUCUAUAAUUCCCAGGCAAUGAGAGAAGGCAUGUGCUUCAUGAUGGACCGUGGUGGUGAUCGCCUUUGUUAUGUUCAAUUCCCUCAGAGGUUUGAGGGUAUCGACCCCUCUGAUCGAUAUGCCAACCAUAAUACUGUCUUCUUUGAUGUUAACAUGCGUGCUCUUGAUGGUCUUCAAGGUCCUGUAUAUGUAGGAACUGGAUGCCUUUUCCGCAGGAUUGCCCUCUAUGGCUUUGAUCCACCUCGAUCAAAAGAUCACAACACUGGUUUCUGUAGCUGCUGUUUGGGCCAUCGCAAACGGAAGGCUUCAGUUGCCAAUACCCCUGAAGAGAACCGGGCCCUUAGAAUGGGAGAUGAUGAUGAUGAAGAAAUGAACCUAGCUUCGUUUCCCAAAAAGUUUGGCAACUCAUCUUUCCUCGUUGAUUCAAUCCCCGUUGCAGAGUUCCAAGGUCGCCCCCUUGCUGAUCACCCAGCAGUGAAGAAUGGACGUCCUCCAGGUGCUCUAACAAUUCCUCGUGACCUUCUUGAUGCUUCUACAGUCGCAGAGGCAAUCAGCGUCAUUUCAUGCUGGUAUGAGGACAAGACUGAGUGGGGCCACCGUGUCGGGUGGAUUUACGGGUCUGUGACAGAAGAUGUUGUCACAGGAUAUCGGAUGCACAACAGGGGAUGGAAAUCUGUGUAUUGUGUGACCAAGCGUGAUGCCUUCCGUGGGACUGCUCCAAUCAAUCUAACUGAUAGGCUUCACCAGGUACUCCGGUGGGCCACUGGGUCUGUUGAGAUCUUUUUCUCUCGCAAUAAUGCUCUUCUGGCCAGCUCAAAGAUGAAGCUUCUGCAGAGGAUUGCCUACCUCAAUGUCGGAAUCUAUCCCUUUACCUCUGUCUUUCUUAUUGUUUACUGCUUCCUUCCAGCACUCUCCCUCUUCUCUGGCCAGUUCAUCGUGCAGACCCUGAAUGUCACAUUCCUUGUUUACCUGCUGACCAUCACUUUGACUCUUUGCAUGCUUGCCAUACUUGAGAUCAGGUGGUCAGGCAUUGAGCUAGAGGAAUGGUGGAGGAAUGAGCAGUUCUGGCUAAUUGGAGGCACCAGUGCCCACCUUGCUGCUGUGCUUCAAGGGCUACUGAAAGUGAUUGCUGGGAUUGAGAUCUCAUUCACAUUGACAUCAAAGUCAGCUGGUGAUGACUUGGAUGAUGAAUUUGCUGACCUCUAUAUUGUCAAGUGGACAUCCCUCAUGAUUCCACCCAUCACAAUCAUUAUGGUUAACUUGGUUGCUAUUGCAGUUGGGUUCAGCCGAACCAUUUACAGUACUAUACCACAAUGGAGCAAAUUGUUAGGUGGGGUGUUCUUCAGUUUCUGGGUCUUGGCUCAUCUCUACCCUUUUGCCAAAGGUUUGAUGGGAAGAAGAGGGAGAACUCCCACCAUCGUUUAUGUCUGGUCAGGCCUCAUCUCGAUCAUCAUUUCCCUCCUUUGGGUGGCAAUCAAGCCCCCUUCCGGAAACAAUUCUGCUAUUGGAGGGUCGUUCCAGUUCCCAUAAUUCUUUCUUUUUUUUUAAAGGUAAACCUGUUUUCUCUGUUGUCUCAAA